GUGGGUACGGAAGGGGCGGUGCGCGGGAGGCGGUGCGGCGGGAUUGAGAUGGCGACGGAAGGCGAUGUGGAGCUGGAGCUGGAAACAGAACCGAGUGGCCCGGAGCGGCCGCCCGAGAAACCGCGGAAACAUGACAGUGGCGCGGCCGACCUGGAACGAGUGACCGACUAUGCAGAAGAGAAAGAGAUCCAAAGCUCUAACUUGGAGACGGCGAUGUCGGUGAUUGGAGAUCGGCGGUCCCGGGAGCAGAAGGCCAAACAGGAACGGGAGAAGGAACUGGCCAAAGUUACAAUCAAGAAGGAAGAUCUGGAACUGAUUAUGACAGAGAUGGAAAUCUCACGAGCAGCUGCAGAACGUAGUUUGCGAGAACACAUGGGCAACGUAGUAGAAGCUCUAAUUACCCUUACCAACUAACCUUUGCAUGGCUAGGCCUGGAUGGACUUAUUUAUUGCAAUAAAGGUUUUUUCUUUCCACUGUC